CGUGAAGACCUAAGUGUCAUGAAACAUGACUCUGCGAUUCAUUCAUUCAUGAGUCAUGUAACAUGACUCAUGAAUGACUGAACUGACUCUGAGCUGGAAUAGUAAGUGAAUGGAAGACGGAAUUGUGUAAGUGGAAAUUUCUAAGGAGCAGAAGAACGAGCAGACCGGCUGUCGUGAUGUGAGAGAGUCUGCAGAACGGACGAUCGAUACGACGCGAGAAAGUCUUCCUGCAAUUAUAAAUUCACUGUCAACGCACUAGAGUCACAUAUCCGUCAUUUAGACUCGGCAUCUUCAUCACUAGCUAUCGAGUUGGGUUUCUGAUCUAGACCGCGCGGGGGCUGAGAAUAUCUCGAACCCCAGAGGAGCCCAGGUUGUUGACCCAGAAGCCGAAAAAGUUGAUUGGGGAGGAAGAUUAACAGAGAAGAUCGUUCAUGUCGGAUUCGUGGAGACUCCGUCGUGCAGCAUAAAAGCCUUGAGUUCCAGCUGUUGCUACUGCAUUCCACGCCGAUAACAAUUCAGAACUCUAGUUUAGUCACCCAGUCACACCAAAAUCUCGGUUAUCGAAAAUCUUCAGAUUGAUGCCGAUUAGGCAAGUCCACUAGAAGUACUUGAACCCACUUCAAACUCUCGAGAUUUUUGCCAGACAUGGAGAUUUUACCGCUGGUCUUCACUGCGAUCGCAACGGUAGGUUUGUACGCUUGCUUCUAUCGAUGGGUUCUGCACCGGAACCACAGAGGUCCCAGAAUCUGGCCGAUUCUGGGAAGUAUACUCGACAUGACCAGAAAUCGCUGGCGCAUGCACGACUACGUCUUGGAUAACUUAAAGAUCUAUUAUCCGACAUACCUCAUGAAAAUGCCUGGACUCAAUUACGUCGUGACAGUAGAUCCUGCGAACAUCGAAUACGUGUUGAAGACCAAUUUCAGUAACUACGAUAAGGGUGAACAGCAACAUCAUCGUUUAGUCGAUUUGCUCGGGGAUGGGAUUUUCAACGCUGAUGGAGAUAUUUGGAAAAAGCACCGCAAAGUUGCAAGCUACGAAUUUGCGUCGAAAGUUCUACGAGAUCACAGCUUCCACAAUUUUAAGAAUAACGCCGUCAAACUCUGUCAGAUUCUAGAUCGAGCCGCAGAGGAGAACAAACCGGUGGACAUGAUGGACCUAAUGCUGCGCCUCACCUUCGAGUCUAUUUGCCAAAUGGGAUUUGGUGUGGACAUGGGAUUGUUGGAUCCGAGUCUGCCAGAGGUCCCCUUUGCGAUCAGUUUUGAAGACGCCACAUCACGGUCCUCAGAAAGAUUCAUCGAUCCUCUGUGGCAGCUGAAGAAAGCUCUGAACCUAAGUUCGGAAGCUGCCAUGAAGAAAGAUAUUGAAACUAUCAAUGAUUUCACUCUCAAGCUUGUCAAGAAUCGAAAGAAAGAACUGGAGACUAAAAAACAGGGAAGACCAGAUCUUUUAUCACGCUUCGUCGAGGCAUUCAAAGAGGAAUCCAUCACUGCAAAUCCGGAGAAAGACCUACAAGACGUGGUGACCAACUUCAUCCUUGCAGGACGUGACACCACAGGAGUGUCACUAGCAUGGUUUCUUUAUGAGGUCUCUUGCAACCCCCAAGUGGAAGAGAAGAUCGUUGCAGAGCUGCUCCGACUGGAAAGAGACAGGCAAGGGAUGACUGAUUACACAACCUCCUCUGAAGGCGAAAUGUCAGACUUCGUCAGGCUGCUUGACUAUGAGAAUGUCAGCAAUAUGCACUAUCUUCACGCUGCGCUUUCUGAAUCUAUGAGGCUUCACGGACCAAUCCCCGUUGAUGUCCGAGUGGCUAUGAAUGACGAUGUAUUACCAUGCGGUACCAGAGUCCACAAAGGAAAUUUGUUAAUGUACAGUGCCUAUGCUCAAGGUCGAAUGGAGCAGAUUUGGGGAAGUGAUGUAAUGGAAUUUAAGCCAGAGAGAUGGCUCAAAGACGGUGUUUUCCAGCCAGAGUCUCCGUACAAAUACCCUGUUUUUCACGCUGGCCCACGCUUAUGUUUGGGUAAAGACAGUGCCUACCUUCAAAUGAAGAUAACCAUCGCUGCACUUCUUCGAUUCUUCACAUUCAAAGUAGUUCCUGGUCAUGAAGUAAGAUACAAAGUUACUCUAACGCUAAAUAUGCACAAUGGACUGAAGAUGAUUGUGCGAAAACGAUCUUAAACCAAAGUCUAAUCUAAAGAUUCGUCACAUUGCGUCGAUUGUAUUAUAUAUGCUAAUUUAGAAAAAUGGACCUAGAUGUUAGAUAUACUUGAUGUCACAUCGCAGCGAUUGUAUUAUAUGUGCUAGUAUACAAAAUUUGACCCAGAUGUUAGUUACACUCGGU